GCAGGAGUGGCGCUCGCUCGGACUCCACUGGGCUCGCGGUUGACGCGCAGUCUCCCUGAGCCGGGAAUUGCUCAGAGACAGACAGGGCUUCGCUCGGAUCGGAGUCAGCCCGAUCCCCCGGUGCCGGUCCCUCCCCUCCCCGUUAGCCAUGGGCACUGGGAGCCGCCGCCAAGCUCCCCCGGCCGGCCUGCACUCUCUCUGCCUCCUCCUUGUUGCCGGGCUACACUCUGUCACUUCAGAUGCCAACAUAUUUCUGAUAUACAGUGAGAAAGCAGCUAGUUGCCUGGAGAGCAGAGGCUUCAGUGUAAGACUGGCUCCAUCUUGCAAUGAAAGCUUCAACCAGCAGCAGUGGAAGUGGGUAUCUAGACUAAGGCUCUUUAAUCUUGGAUCCAAGCAGUGUCUGAGCAUCCUGAGGAAGAACGACACUAUGCCCACACUGGGUAUGAUGGAGUGUAACCAGGAGUCUGCCCAGAUGCGAUGGCAUUGUAAUAGUCUGGGCAGUCAACUCAGCAGCUACCUGAACCCACAGUCUAAAGCCAGUACCCAAGGGCCCAACACGAACCAAGCUGAUGUGUGGAGGAUUUACAACACUGAUGAGGACCUGUGUGCUCGGCCUUAUCAUGAGAUUUACACCAUCCAGGGGAAUUCUCAUGGGAAGCCAUGCACCAUUCCAUUUAUGUACGACAGCCAGUGGUACCAUGACUGCACUAGUAUUGGCCGAGAAGAUGGACACCUCUGGUGCGCAACAACUGUAGAUUAUGGGCUGGAUGAACAAUGGGGAUUCUGUCCCGUCAAAAGUGAUGACUGUGAAACCUUCUGGGACAAGGACCCAAUGAGCAAUAGCUGCUACCAAUUCAACUUCCAGUCCACUCUCUCCUGGAGUGAGGCCCGCAUUAGCUGUCAGCAGCAGAACUCUGAUCUCCUGAGCAUUACUGAACUUCACGAGCAGACUUACAUCAAUGGUCUCCUGACUGGUUAUAGUGCUACUCUGUGGAUUGGCCUGAAUGAUUUGGAUAUUGAUGGUGGCUGGCAAUGGUCUGAUGGAUCACCACUGAAAUACCUCAACUGGGAGAGGGACCAGCCUGCAAACUCAUUUGAGGAAAACUGUGGAGUUAUUAGGACAGAAUCUUCUGGAAGAUGGCAAAAUAAAGACUGUGGCAUCGCUCGGCCAUAUGUCUGCAAGAAGAAGCCAAAGUCCAAGGAUUCUGCAACCAAAGAUAUCUGGAUCAACCGGAAGACUAAGUGUGAUGCAGGCUGGCUGCCAUUUCAGUGCAACUGCUAUCGGCUGAACGUCGAGAGGAGGAGCUGGCAGGAAGCACAGAAAAGCUGUGUGAGGUCGGAGGGAAACCUGAUCAGCAUCCAUCACCUGGCAGAGCUGGAAUUUGUCCUGACCCAGGUCAAACAGGAUGCCGAGGAAUUGUGGAUUGGUCUUAAUGACAUCAAGCGCCAAAUGAACUUUGAGUGGUCGGAUGGGACUCCAGUUCGCUUCACUUUCUGGCAUCCCUUUGAGCCUAACAACUUUGCAAGUGGUCAAGAGGACUGCGUCACACUCUGGGGCUCGGAGGGACGAUGGAAUGAUGGGCCCUGUAACCUCACACUGCCUUCCAUCUGCAAGAAACCCAGUUGCUCCUCAGAAGAGGAGGACGAGCUCUUGGAAGACAAUCUUGGCUGUACAAAGGGCUGGAGGUUGCAUGGCUCUUCCUGCUAUUUUGUGGGUGAGGAAUCAGUGACCUUCGACCAGGCCUUGAAGAAAUGCACAGGACAAAGGUCGACCCUCGUGACGAUUCUGAACAGAUUUGAGCAGUCGUUCAUCAUCAGCCUUAUCCUUGGUCACUCCGGCAACUUCUGGACUGCUCUACAAGAUGCCAACCAACCGGGGGUCUUCCAAUGGAUGGGUGGUGAUGCCGUCUCCUUCACCAACUGGAAUCUAAACCAACCAGGUUAUAAAGGCGGUUGUGUGGUGCUGGCGACGGGAAAUUCUGUUGGAUUAUGGGAUGUGAAAGAUUGCAACAACUUCAGGGCCAAGUACAUCUGCAGGCAGAACCUGGCAACCUCUGUCGAUCCAGGAACUGGACCAGCCGCAGUGACUCCCACACCCAGUGUGACAGGAAGCUGUCCUACAGGAUGGUCCUCAUCCCCGACUCUGCGAUACUGCUAUAAGGUGUUUCACUUCAACACCAUCUAUGCUAAGAAGAACUGGGUGCAGGCACACAUGUUCUGCUAUGAGCAAGGUGCUAAUUUGCUCAGCAUCAGCAACUUUGAAGAGGAGAAGUUUACAGAGAAACUGGUUAACGAGAUCUUUGGAGAGUCAGAGGAUCAUGAUUAUCAUUGGUUCUGGCUUGGAUUGAACCGACGAAACCCAGGGACAGAACAAAGUUGGGCAUGGAGUGAUGGAACAGGAUAUUCCUACAACAACUUUGGACGAGAUGUCUACGAAGAUGAUAGCGUCCGACGCUGUGGAGUCAUUGACAUUGCCUCCUCACUUUGGCGAGCAGUACGCUGUGAGAAUCAACUGGAUUGGAUCUGUAAGAUUCGCAAAGGAGCUGUUAUGAAGGAACCAGAGGACACUGAAGACGCUGCAAGCAACCAGUGGUUCCAGUUCCAGGAUGCUGAAUACAAGUUCUUUGAGCAUCUCUCCACCUGGCCCCAAGCCCAGAGAAUCUGUACCUGGUUCAAAGCGGAACUGGCCUCCAUUCACAGUCAGGAGGAGCUGACCUUCCUGGGACAAACUCUACAGAAGCUUUCCCGGUUUCAAGACCAGUUUUGGUGGAUUGGCCUUCACACCAAUGAGAAUGACGGACGAUUCAGGUGGUCUGAUGGUUCGAUUCUGAAUUUUGUCUCCUGGGCCUCAGGGAAGCCGCGACCAAUUUCUAGAGACAGAAAAUGUGUCUACCUGUCGCCCAGUAAAGAAGUGUGGGGUGACCAGAGAUGCCUGAAUGACCUGCAGUACAUUUGUAAACGGACAAACAGCUCCAUGGUGAAGCCUCCUUUACCAUCUCCACCGUCUGCACACUCCGGGGGUUGUCCAAGGGGGUGGACCCCAUUUGCAAGCAAGUGUUUCAAGAUAUAUGGAUACUCUAAAGUGGAUCGUGUUAACUGGAUUGAAGGGAAGGCAGCUUGUGAGAGAGCAGGAGGGCUGCUAGCAACAAUCUCCAAUCACUAUGAGCAAGCUUUUAUAACAACCAUUCUUCCAAACAUCACCUUUGACCUCUGGAUCGGUCUGCAUGACACAAACAAGGACUUCCAGUGGCUACAAAAGGAACCACUGAAAUACGUCAACUGGGCUCCGGGAGAGCCUUCAGGCCAGCACACGUCCUCUGCAACCAAUGAACUGGUAAACUGUGCUGUCAUCUGGCAUGCGUUGCAUCCACAGUUCACUGGGCGCUGGGAUGAUCGGAGCUGCACGGGAGAUAAGAAUGGCUACAUCUGUCAGCGAAACAAAGACCCAUCUCUACCAUCAACACCUGCCAAGUUCCCACCUCCCUUAACGUCCAAGCUGAGCUACAUGAAUAGUACCUACAGGGUUAUCCAGAAGCCUCUGACUUGGCAGGAAGCUUCCUGGCUUUGUGAGACCCGGAAUGAAACUCUGGUCGCGGUGGUGGACCCCUACCAACAGGCCUUCCUCACGCAGGUUAUGAACAACGUCCGCCUGCCCCUGUGGAUUGGACUAUCAAAUGAAGAGGGAGACAGGGUCUUUUCUUGGCUGAGCGGGGAGGAGUCAGACUACACCAACUGGCAGGAAGGGGAGCCACGGCAGAUGGGCUGUGUUCACAUGGAUGUAGACGGGACAUGGCGACCAUCCUCCUGUGAGACGAAGCUGAAUGGAGCAAUCUGCAAAGUGCCUGGAGACUCCUGGUCCAGCAAGUCAACUUUCACUGGAACUUGUCCAACCAGCCUGCAGGAUUCUUCCUGGAUCCCCUUCCGUGAUCAUUGUUACUCCUUCCACUUGGAGAAGAAGGCAACUCCCAAAGAGGCAGCUCAGUUGUGUCGGAAAAUGCACGGAGCUGAGCUGCUUUCCAUUCUUGAUGAAACAGAAAAUGUAUUUAUAUGGGAACAUCUGGAGACAUAUGAAAAUGAUACCAAAGGCGCCUGGCUGAGUCUCAUGUAUAACACCAAGAGUGGUUCACUUGUCUGGCCUGAUAAGACUGUCUUGAACUAUUCAAACUGGGCUCGUGGAACUGAGAACAUGAGUUUAAUGAGUCCAAACACUUGCUAUUGGAUCAAGAGCAACACUGGCAUCUGGGGAAUUGGUCCCUGUACCAGCUUCACACUAGGCAUCAUCUGCAAAAUGCCAAGAGUUCAAGAGAACAGCCUUCUUGGUACCUCUGGGUCACAGGGGCACACCUUAGACAUCAUCUUGUACAUGCUAGGCGCAUUGGUGCUAGUGGUGGUGUUAGUGGUGGUGCUGCUGCUAUACCGACGGCGAACAGCCUGGACCUCGCGCCGUGGGGCUUUUGAGAGUGCGCGGUACAGCAGGACAUCCUCAACGCCCAGCGAAUCCGUGGAGAAAAACAUCCUGGUGUCUGACAUGGAAAUGAAUGAACAGCAGGAAUAACCCUGGCACCUGCUCCUCUGUCUCUCUUCAUCCUCGAGCAGUGUGCUUAGCACAGACUGGUGUUCAGAACGUUAUGCAGGUCAACAUGGAGUCCCACAUGUUGACCUGGAGUCCCACCACAGUCUCAUCGCGACACAGUUGGCACUGCUUAAUGGGGUUAUGCCUACAGGAUAUAUUUCUCAGGCAUAGUUACAUAUAUAUAAAACUAUAUAUAUUUGCAUCAUACCAGUGGAUUUUGCUUCCUAGGGAUGAUCUGAUAAAUGGGGCAAUUUGUAUCCACUAGGGCACCCCAGUAAACAGGUUUCAACUGUGUUAUUGACCUUGACAAUGAAGUAUUUCAAUGUAAAAGGCACAAUUCAAUGAACAAACUCAUCAUGCACUCACUGUGCCUGAUGAGCCUCCUGGCAGUUUUAGCAUGGUUCAAAUGUUGGCACAGUGUUAUCUGCAGUCUUAAGCACUGUUUCUCAGACCCACACUUCCACAGUCAGUAGGAGGAUGCUGUGUGUGUUUACACUGAGGGAGCGGGUUCUGGACUGCUGUUGACACCCUCUAGGAAAGUGGUCCAAUGAACAGCUAUUAAUCUCCUGGUGGCUGUAGUCACAGCGGACCUUGGAAAGCUGUCGACAAAGAGUAGCAUAGAAAAUAGCCAGAGGUUGGUGGUGGAUCAAAAUGUAGAACUGGGGUGUAAGCCCAGUUAACACUUCAUGGGCUGUACCUCAUCUGACCCAUUACAUUUUAUUGUACUGAGCUCACUUUUAAGAUGUGUAAAGCAUUUGAAAGAGUAGCUGGAGGGAUGCUAUUUCCUCAAGUGAGGGAAGCCCUGAACAAGGGAUGUAACAACAAAAUUUAGCAGUAAGCCAUUCAUGGAUGAUGUCAGGAAUCACUUCUUCAUACAAAAAGCAGUGGAAAUCUGGAGCACUCUUCCCUCAAAAACUGUUAAUUGAAAAUAUGAAAACUAAGAUUGAUUGGACUUCUGUUCAGUAGAGGCAUUAGGGGUUACAGAACAAAGGUGAAUGAGUAGCAUUAAAAGAUAAAUCGACCAUGAACUUAACAUGAUUGAAAGACAGUUGGUGUUCUCCUAUUCCUAUGUUACUGAUCCAUAAGCCAUUGAUCAGAGUUGAAAGGCAGGUUUUCAAAGAUGACUGUAUAGUUGAGAGAAUGAACAAGUCAAGCAUGUUGAUUACAAUGUGUAGUGGAAGGCAGUAAGCCAGUAUAGAUUUGAUGUAGACCACGUCAGCUUAGUAGUUAGUAGGAAACUUAGUAGGAAACAUCUUAGAUUGCAGAUCACAACGACCUUUUGAGUUAUAGGACAAUAGAGGGGAGAAACUGAAAGAAUGCAUCUUAAGCACUGAUGUGUAACCAUGAUCAGUGAAAGAUUUGUGCCCAUGUUAGAUUGGAUUAUAAGGUGGUUCCCUCUCUGCUAAAUGCUGUGCAUUUCUUAGACUUCUAACAGUGUCUGUCAGGGUGACUUACUGCUGAACUGAUCACGUACUCAUCAAAGGAAAAAUCCCACAUUUCUACCAUCUGAAGGAUUGAGUUUGGGGUGGGACCCUUCUACAAGGCCUGAUUUCAUGAGCUUAAGAUUCCAGUCACUACUCCUAGGCAUGCACACUCAUUUCCUACAACAUGUCCUCAAAUUUUCAUGAAUGAGAAAUCACAUGGGGACAGGAUUGUGAGUGAUGAGAUGAUGCAUCCAAAUUCCAAGUAAGGUGUUCUCCUCGCAGACAGGUCCAUACCAGAGCACAGGUUUGUAACAUGAAGCCAAUAUUCCUGAUCUAGUAUGUGAAUAUAAAAUGUGGAGAAGCACAUUCACACUGGUCACCAGUAUAGGAUUUAUUUUAAAGGGGUUAAGAUCUUUAUUAUCUUACAAAAUGAUUGGGCGAAGCAUCAUGAUAUGGCAAUAAACCUGAAUUACGUUUCAUUUAUUGUUUCUGAAACUAAAGGAAAUGGCUUUUUGGGUGCAUUGGGGUAUUAAAUUCCAUUUCAUUACAUUGUGGACUUCCAGUCCCUGAUGUACUAGUUGUGACUAUGCUACAUGGUGCUGACUGGAGGGUUAGGAUGUAUGUUGGCAGUUGUAUAGAUGGGUGAGUGGAUAAGUACCUUGUGUUAGAUCAACAUCAAUCCAGGGCUUUUGAGCUACUUUCACUAGGCUGCCUUUUAUGCAUGACAGGACCAUGAGCUGAUGUUCAAGGGAGGUCAGAUGGGAUGUUUCUACAGGUGAUCUUGUCAUGCGGACCUCCAGGUAAGGUGUUAAAUUGUGUGCAUUGAAAGUAGUCAUGAAGAAUGGUAUUGUUAAAGGAAAGAGUAUAGGGUCUGUGAAGCAGAUGAGGUAAGGGCAGUUAAAGCAAGAUUUGAGACAACUGAGGGAAGGGUCGAGACAUGUUUGGCUAAUAGUGAGAGGUGUGAAAACAUUAGCCAAUCAGUGAGUUGUACAAGUCAUAGCGGGUUAAUACAUCUUGAGAGCGAUUCAUCUUGCAUUGAAGGGGAACAAAUCUGAAAACAAAGGAAACAGAUGUCCCUGAAUAUUAAGAUCAUACUUUUGAUUGCUGGAGAUGAAUCUUUCAGUUCUUUAAAGCUAAAAAGAUUGCAACACUAGGCACCAACAUUUUUUCCACUUAUGCCAGUACCAGGAAUUCUGUAGGGCACUUUAUUGAAAUAGUUUGUGCAUGGAUCUACAAAAAGUAUUGAUGACAAUCAAAUGAUGUGAAGGGGGAGGGUGGGGACGGAUUAGAAGACAUGGAGUUGUUCUGUGCUGGUACCCUGAACUAGGCUCACAGCAAAUCAGCAGCCAGUGUUAUACCAUGCCCACAAAGAAGCAAUGGAAAGGGAAGUCAGGGGGGAGGUGAAGGGUUUCUGAUUUGCUGUGAUAUUGCCUGAUUCACACUGUCAGUCAAAGACCAAUUUAAUCUAUUCAAGAGGCCCUUCUAUUAGAAUAACAUCCACUAGUUUUUUUUUCCCAGGGGUGGGGUGAUGAAAUGAGCAGGGGAGUUUUAACCGCCCCCCUUCCCAUACGGAACAUUAUUUCAAGCUUUCAAAACAUACAUGUUUACUUUGUGAUUGAGGAGCUGCAAAAACUGAUUUUCUGUCCAUUUCUGUUGCCAAGUAUAACAAAGGCAGAGAACUUUGCCAAACAGGAUUCUCAGAAUAAAGUGUUUUCUUAAUUUUAUGUUGUGAAGAGUUUUUAUUUUGCCAUCAAUCCCUCACCAGUAUUCUCAAAGAGAUAAAGGUGUAGGGCAGCCAGCCACAGUUCUGGGAAGUGGUUCCAAUAGGUGUAGUCAAGGACACAGGACUGGAUAUUCAUACGACCCACUCAACUUUCUCGCUGUUCAUUUCAGUCAGAAAGUUGUUGACCACUACCUUUGAGGGGCCAAUGGGGGUGGAUAGUGAAUGCCCAGCUCACCUGCGUCACCACAUCUUUGAGAAUGAAAUAUGAACAGUGCUAGAAGGAAGAAAUUCAGGGACCCCCAUCUCCAACCUUUCAGGAAUGUAUGGCUUCCUCAUUUAUCUCUCAUACCAAAGGCAGCUUGAAUGCAUUGUUUAGUUGGCUUGGCCUUGCUCUGAUGAUAAUUAGUACUUAGUGGGUUCAGCUCCUGAUAAUUGACUAACCUUGAGUCUCUUCUGUCACAUUUUUUGUGUAAGGGCUUCAGAACCUUUGGGCAACCUUGAGAUGAUGUCAUGGAGCUACACAUCACUGAGUAUAAAUACCACAGUGUGAGUGAAGUUAGCAUACUCUGGAAGUCUACUCCAGAUUAGACCACUACGCUACAUUUUAAACUGGAAGACUCUCAAGCACAUGAACAUGAAACAAUAAAAAAGAUAGAUUAUUCCUUACCAAAUGUAACUAUAAGUCAGAGGCCGGUAUAUCUGUGAUUACCAUGUAUAGCAAUAUUUAGCAUUAAUGUAUAAUAAAUAGUCUUACUUUCAA